AGGAAUAAGUCCAACCAUGAUUAACAAUGGAAUUCACUACAGAGGAUGCAAAAUAUGAAGCACUAAAAAACAGAGACCCCCAGGCAGAAGGCAAGUUCAUAUAUGCCGUAAAGUCAACCAAAAUCUACUGUCGCCCUACAUGCUACUCGCGACUUGCUCUUCGUAAGAACAUCAUGUUCUUAGAUUCACUGCAACAGGCCAUUGCAUUAGGAUACAGAAGUUGCAAAAGAUGCAGGCCUGAUGUGUCCCGGGGAUGGAACACCAGUCGCGAGCUAGUUGAUCAGGCUUGCCGCUUGAUAUUUGAACAAGCAAUUCAAGGGUGCAAAUUAAGUAUGGAUGCAAUUAUCAUCCAGUUGAAGAUUUCCAAAUGGCACCUAUGUCGAAUGUUCAAGAGUUACACAGGAUACACGCCAAGGUCCUUCCACAUUCAAUGUAAAUUGCUCCAUCAGAAUCCCUUAGAAGGUAUCCCCUUGCCCGAAAUACAAACUAAAAAGAACAAGCUACGAGUUAAUCAAAUUAUCGCUACGAUCGACAUUGACACGUUAAUCACAUUGCAUUAAUCAAUAUACCCUACUAAUGACUGAGUCCCAUCUAUACCAUUAGCCACACCUAUGGCAUCCAUAUUAUAUCCCAAAUGCUUCCAUUCAUCUAUGCUAUAUCGAUAGCAAGUAGGAGCAUCCACAAACCGUGACAUUAAACUAACGACAUAGUCGUAUCUGUCCCCUAAUGCACAAUACUCCUCCACUAGCUGUUUACCGUAUGUUUGUUUGGCAACGUCGCAUUCGUAUAAGAUCCAUUGGAGAAGAUACUCAGAACAGUCUCGAUCGUAGGGACUGACAGUGAUCGGUAUGUUCACAUUCACAUCUUUGGCAUGGCUAAACUUGGCUUUGACUAUGAGUUCAUAUCUGAUUGAGUAGAAUUUCCCCACUUUGGUGAAUCCCUGGAUGUGUGUCAAGGGAAUUCCUUCUUCUAGUUUGUCGAGUUGUCUGACUUUACAUAUGUUGUACGAUUCAAUCACCGUGGUGGAGCAGUCGUCUUCCAACUGGGGAUCAAGGGGAAUUUCCGGCUGGGAAAAUAACGACAAGUAAUCGUUCUCGUAGGGAAACUUUAUCUGGAAAUUGUGGUUGAAUGGCAGGGCAUGGAUUUCUUGAUUCUUAAAUACUUGAGUGGUGGAAACUAGUUUGAAUUCCUUCUUAGGUGGCAACCCAGCAUCAUAACACUCUAUAAUCUCCUUUAAUUGCAACGUCAAUUGUUUUAGCUGUAUAUGUUUAUGUAGUCUAUUAUUCGCCGUAUUUGUUCUAACAUUACAUUCCAAGUUGAUAUUAUCACCGGGUCCAAUGGAACUCACGGGCAAUUUACAUUCCACAAUCACUUGAUUAUCAUUCGUCACCAUUUGAUACAAUACUGGUUCAUUGUAUUGUCGGUACAAGGGAAGUGUAUCAUAACACUUUAUGGCAAUGGGGAAGCUCUCUACGAAAUUAGUUUCGGUCUCCGCUGUCUUACCACAGGACACUUUGACACUUAAUUUAUGCACAGUGCUGGCGUUACAACUCGGUACAUACCCGCUACUGACCACAUCUCGCGGCAAUGGAAUCAAGAUCGGGAUAUCGAUUCCAAUAAGCUUCAGGUAGAACUCACCCACAGGGGGGCGAUAACAUAGCGGGUUUUCAAACCAUUUAAAAUCCUUGACUGAAUCAUUGGUGCCGAACUUCGUGGGCAUUGAAACUUUCUGCACCGUGCUCAUGGCGAUUCCCACACUUCGAACGUCAAAUGGUGCGCCCGUAAGUGAUCUGAUGUGAAUUACGGUUUCGAUCCGCGGGAUACUACGCGGUACACCGGGACAACCAUGGACUAUUGAUGUGGCUGAUGGUUCUAAUGUCACCAUCACUGGUGAAAUGACAGGUUUAAGGGGACUCAUAGGAACAUUUGGUUGUGUUGUCUACCAAAGUUGUCACUUUCCGUGCUAGGCUUUGUAUUUUUUUUUUAUUAUUUUCCCAAAGGUUCAAAAUCGGUGUUAUUUUUUAGUGUAAUUUGCGCGUACAAGGGAGGGGGCGGUGCUAUCAAGACCAAUUCGUAAUUAACGAGGAACAGUACCGUGACUGUUUCAACUUUGGAGAUCUCACGUGAACAGCAGCUUCACUCAAACAAGUUGUUGGCUUAUGCUUUGAUCUAAUGUAAUACACGUUUGUUUAAUACUCCAAACAGAUUUCCUCAGAAAAAUGCUGCAAAAAGCCAAAAUCUAAUUACGUUAGUAUCAAUUAAGCCACAUGUAUUGUACAACCCUUUAACUUUAAAUCUAUAACCCUAUAAAACACCAGGGAAAAUACACCAUUUUAAUUUAAACUCAUCUUUGAAUUUUUCUUGAUAGUACCGAUAAGUUUCAAUUGAACUUAUUGAAAGAUUAACCGUGACGAACACUAAUGCAAAUAGGAAAUUACAAGAAACAAUAUCCCAACCAUCCUUAACACUGAAUAUGAAAAGUGUAGCAUAUAUUCCAAUCUCUUGUAAAUAAUGUGGUGAUGCAACAUACUUGAAAUUUGGAAGACUAUAUUUAACCAACGAUGCCAAGUGACGAUGGGCAUAGUAUUGUCUUGUUGCGAGCACCACAUACGCAAACAUGAUAAGCCAGUCGAAAAAAGUUGGAACAAGCAGUACUGAUUCUCCCGAUGAAUAUGUUCUCAUUCCCAAAUAACAAGCUAAAGAUACUAAGGUGUAGUGUGCCAUACCAGCAAUGUAAUGGCUAACGUUGAUAUAUGACGUUUUUGAAAAUUUUGAAAUAUGCAAACAUUCAUAAAGUCGCCUGUUACCUUGAACCCAAAGUAACACGUUGAUAAAUAUCAUGUUCUUGUAUUUUGUAGGGGAUGGAUUGGCAGCAGCACCUGCUGGAUAACUAACGGCCCAAGUAAUGGUAGAGAAUAUACUUAAUAAAACGUAAAAAUGGGUAAAGUAUGAUUUAGGAACUCUCAAUCUAGAGCUAGCCGCGCUGACUAGCUCCUGUAAUCGUGAUUGAUUACGAGUGCUAGUGGUGCCAGUAGAAGUGAGUGUUUUCCCGUACAACAACAAAUCAUUUAAAGGUUUGUAUAUCUUCACCAAGAGAAUUGAGCCAGCAAUUCCAAUAUAGGCAAUUGAAACAAAUAGCUGCGCAUUAUACAAUGUAACACAUACCAUUGGUUCUGCUCAGCAAACAUUACCACUCACCACUAGAGUGUAAUGUGGGUUGUAAAUAAAUGCAUUCUCGCUUGGUGCGUAUUUUUUCCAGCCCAAAUCGACAUCACGUGCCGCGCGUGUGACUUCCGUUUUCUCACGAUUGGCGUCCUGUACAUAAAUUACUGCGAAAACGGAGUGAGGGUGAUGGGCGAUCAGGUGCUGAAUCGCACCGGAAAUUGCAAAAAUUGUUAGCUAACGCACU